CGCUUCUCUAAUUUUGUAUAGGUACUCUGUGAUAACACAUGUUGGAACACUCCGUGUGUCUUGAAUGUCGCUGUGCUGACUACCGAUGCCAAGCAGAAGCUGCCGAUCGGAAGGCUUGUGAGACAACCGAGGAAGGCGGUUACUACUGUGAUCCAUGCCGUCCAACGUGGAGUUGAAAGCCCGGCUGGCUGACCGUUCCUGUCUGCUGGAACGCGUUCGCCCUCUGGCACGCUCGCACUCGGCGCUGCGCCAGCAGGACACCUACUUCGGCGCGGCCCGAGGAAGGCUGAAGCUGCGGUGGCAGGAGCUGCUCGCCGAAAACGGAGACGUCCAGAAGGAGACCGCCACGCUGUACUUCUACGACCGGCCUGACACGGAGGGACCAAAGCGCAGCGACUACGACUUUCUCCAGUUCUCCACCAUUGACGAGGCACUCCUGCUGAAGAGACUGCUGUCGCGAAGCAUGGGCGUGCGCGGCGUGGUGAGCAAGAAGCGGGACCUCUUCCUCGUGGGCCAGACGAGAGUGCACGUGGACACGGUCGAGGCUCUCGGAGACUUCGUCGAGCUCGAGGUUGUGCUGGAAGAGAAGCAGACGACAGAAGAAGGUCAGGCCAUUGCCAAGGGGCUUUGCAAGGAACUGGGCAUAGACACCAGUGGCCUCAUCUCUGGCUCGUACAUCGACAUGCUGCCUCAACAGACCCUCUGGGAAUAAAAUUUACCUUGCAAUCAGC